GCCAAAGUGCGUCGUUCGCCCACGGGCUUUUCGUAUAAAUACACGCCAAGAGCCACUCUUCCCUCGAACCACACAAGAGGAGUAACUUUGUGGUUCUCCUUCCUCUCCUGUUUCGUCUGCUCUUCUUCUUCCUCGUUCACAAUGUCGUCUAACCGAAGGGGAGCAGAGACGCGAAUCGCCAAGAUUUCCGCGCACGUCGUGCCAACGCCGGGCUACAAGUACGAUGUGUUCUUGAGCUUCCGAGGGCCCGACACUCGCCGCACAGUUGCGGAUGUCCUAUACGAAAGCUUAGUCGACGCCGGAUGUAGUGUCUUCAGAGAAAACGAAGAGCUUCCCGUAGGCGAGAUUAUUGGACCGGAGCUUGAGCGCGCGAUCGACGACUCAAGGAUCCACGUGCCGAUCUUCUCUGAAGGCUACGCAUCCAGCGCAUGGUGCCUCCAGGAGCUCACGCGCAUGGUGAAGUGCCGGAGAGAAUCCGCGGGACACGAAAUUGUGCCCGUAUUCUACGGCGUGAGUCCUUCGGACGUCAGGCAAAGGAGGGGUUCGUACGGCGAACGCCUGCUUUGGCACGAGGGGCAUCACGGCGAGGACAGGGUGCAAGAGUGGAGGGAGGCUCUAAGGGAGGUCGCAGAUCUCAAAGGAUGGGACGCACGAAAUGCAGGGCUGGGUAAGCUUGCUAACGAUCUUGUUCGAGAGCUUUCUAUUAAGCUGAAGAAGAGACAGAAGGUUCUUCCUGAUUAUUUAGUUGGAAUUGAUGAUCGAGUCAGAGACAUGAUGCAGUUGUUGGACUGUGGCUCCUUGGACGUACGAUUUCUUGUUGUGCACGGGAUGGGAGGAAUCGGCAAGACAACUCUUGCCAAGGCGGUUUUCAACAGGAUGGCUCCUCUGUUUGAUGGUUGCAGCUUCCUUUCAGACAUCCGAGAAACUUCACUAAGACAUGGCAUUGUAAGGUUACAGAACCAGCUGUUAUCUGAUAUCCUGAAGAGGUCCCCAGUUGUCCAUAACGUUGACGACGGAGUCAACAUGAUACAAGAAAGAUUUCGCAACAAGCGUGUCCUUAUUGUUCUUGAUGACGUCAAUGAGAGAAAGCAGAUCAUGGAAUUGAUGGGGAACCGUGCCUGUCUCGGCCCAGGAAGCAGAAUUAUUGUCACAACUAGGAAUGUGGGUCUUCUGCCAACGGUAGAAAUGGGACAACAGGAUAAUGUCCCAUUUCCUCUUAAAGAAUAUUAUGCCUAUGAGAUGACGGAGAUGAAUCCCUACCAUGCUUUUCAACUUUUCAGCAAACAUGCUUUUGGAGAAACCCUACCUCCAGAUGAUCUGGAGACUCUUUCCGGUGAAAUAGUGGCCUCUACCGGAGGAAUUCCUUUUAUCUCUUGAAACUUUAGGUUCUCUCCUCCGUGGCAAAAGCCACGAGAUUUGGGUCGAAACAUUGAAGCGGAUAACAAAAGGACCUGAUUGGGGAGUCCGAGACAAUAUAAGGAUAAGUUAUGAGGCAUUAAACUUUGAGGAGAAGCAAAUUUUGUUAGACAUUGCAUGCUUUUUCUCGGAUGUAGAUGACGUAACCGCAAAACAUAUGUGGGAAGCUUGUGAUUUUUAUCCUAAAAGCGGAAUUAAUAUUCUUUCGCUUAUGUCUCUAAUAAAGAUAAAAGAGGACAAUAUAUUAUGGAUGCAUGACCAGCUCAAAGAUUUUGGGAGGGAAAUUGUUCGACAGGAGGAUAUUGCAAAUCCAAGAAAUCGGAGUAGGGCGUGCGAUCACAAGGAUGCCUUAAGUAUACUUCACGAACAGGGUGAUUGCCAGCGAAAGAGCAAUGUCGAAUUACUCACGUUACAAUUCCCUGAGGUUCAGACACUUACAAAUCAAGCAUUUGCUGAUCUGCCAAAGCUAAGGGCGCUUCAUGUUGGAGGGGUAAACUUCACUGGAGAUUAUAAAAAUGUUUUCAGAAAUUUGAGAUGGCUAUCCUGGGAUCAUUGUCCUGCAGACUUUGAUGCUUCCAAUUUGUCUCCAAGCAAUCUAGUCGUUCUCAAGCUUACUAACGGUGAACUUAGAGAUGAUUGGCCCGGAUGGCGCCAAAUCACGAAAUCAUCUAAGUUGGAAGUUCUGGAACUUGGAGAAUGCAGUCGUAUAACUAGAUUGCCCGACCUCUCUGCUGUAUCAACAUUGAAAAGAUUGAUCAUACGAAAUUGUCAAAGCUUGGUUGAAAUUGAUGAAUCGAUUGGGAAGCUAGUGCACCUGAAUUACUUGGAAAUUGAUGCUUGCAAAUCUCUGAGAAAGUUGCCCAAAGAAGCUGGUUGUCUAAAGGCUUUGAAAGAGCUGACUGUGAGAGGGACGAUACUUGGUCCUGUUGGUCCGUUUCUUCCCCACUCGAUUGAUAAUCUACAGUCUUUGAAAAGGCUAGUGAUGGAAAGUGUUGGAAUUAGCAAACUUCCGCAAUCAAUCGGAGGGCUAAAGGAUCUUGAAAGCUUGUGUUUGUCCAGAUGUUAUGAGCUAAGAGAGCUUCCAGACUCAAUUGGGGGAUUGGAAUCACUUCUUGAGUUGGAUCUGUCUUAUACAAAAGUAACAGAAUUACCUGAUUCGAUUGGAGACCUGAGGAAGUUGAAAGUGAUAAGGGUAGAUCACAGUGAGAUAACGAAGAUCCCAAUGACCAUAGGCACGGUGGAGAAGCUUGAAGAAUUUCAUGCCAAAAAAUGCUUGAAUUUGGAGGGAGAUAUUCCUAGAGGAAUUGGGCGUCUAUCCUUUCUGAAAAUCCUCAACUUUUCUCACACUCGCAUUAGAUCUGUGCCAACAACAAUCAACCGGCUUUCUCAUCUCCAGGAACUUCAUUUGGAAGGUUGCCAUGAGCUUGAGCGAAUCCCAGAGCUUCCCACCAGUUUGAUUAACCUGUAUGUUGAGUCUCGUAAACUAAAGACAGUCCCAAACCUCUCCAACCUGACUAAUUUAGUCGUUUUAAUUGUAUCCGACUACUCUGAGGAAUCUCUUUCCAAGCCAUGGGAUGCCUAUUCUAUCCAAACUCCAAACCUAGAGUGGGUUGGGAUGUUGUCAAGACUGGAGAAACUGAAACUGGUUCAUAAAAGCAUCAUUGCACCACCGAGUGAGUUAGCUUCACUUCCAGGCCUGGAGCGACUAGUUCUGUCUUGUUUGGACCUGCAAUCACUCACUCAGCCACUUCCUCCCACGCUGUCCACGAUGAAGCUUAUAAACUUCAAUUCAUCGGCAGAAUUAUCGACCUGUUCUGACUUAAAAAAUUUGUCGAGUUUGGAGCUAUGCAAAUCGUGGCUGACAAAUAUUCCACUCAAUCAGUUUGGACAACUGGAGAAUCUGAUGAAACUAACUGUGUCGAACUGCGAAUUGCUGGUGCGAUUAUCCUGUCUGUCAGGCUUGAAGAAGCUCAGAGCAUUGUGCUUGUUGAAUUGCCUGAGGCUAGUUGAGAUCCAAGGUCUCAUCGAACUGGAAGCGCUGCAAAGUUUAAUGAUUGAACAAUGCAAUUCCCUAGUAAGGUUGCCUCCUCUCUUGAAGUUGAAGAAGUUGAGGAAGAUGGAAUUUAGAUUCUGCAAAUCAUUAGUGAGUUUUCCUUUUCUAUCUUCGGCGGCAUAUGAUCAUUGUCACCUAGUCGUUGAUGGGUGCAAUAGGCUGGCCAACCACAACGGCCCUUGCCCACUUCACAAAUACAAGAGGCAAUGUCAAGAUCCCCAUUCGCGCCUAUGAGUGAGAGGAUAGAGACAACUCGCCUUGCCCUGUUUGCAUAUAGUUUUCCCAAGAAUGAGAUCGCUUUGUCAGAGAGGAUUUGCUUGUAAUUUCUCUUUCCUUUUUUCUCUCAGGUUGUGCUCUUCUUGAGGAUUUGCUUGUAAUUUCUCUUCUUUGAGGAUCUGCUUGUACUUUUUCUUCUUUUGGUUAUUUCCCAGGUUGUGCUCUUCUUUCUUACUGGACUUUCCAGGUUAGCAUGCUCUGGAUUAACGGGGGAAGCGCACGUGUGUAGAGACAUUGCAGUUGCAUAAGCAGUCUAGUAAUCUCUC